UGUGGGGAAAGGCGGGCGGCAGGUGAACCCCAGACCAUCUGCUUGAUGUGAAGACUUUCAGCGGCCAAGGAAGAAUUCAAGUUCAAGCAGCGUCUUGUCAGGGCUACACAAGGGCUUCCAAGAGCUCCCUCCUUCCUGGCAGUGUCCCUAGGGGAAGAUGGCCCAGGAUCUCAGUGACAAGGAGCUGCUGAAGAUGGAGGUGGAGCAGCUGAGGAAGGAAGUGACGAACCCCAGAGACCUGGUGUCCAAGACAGGAAAAGAAAUCAAGGCAUAUGUGGAGGCCCAGGCAGGAAACGAUCCUCUUCUUCAAGGCAUCCCCGAGGACAAGAAUCCCUUCAAGGAGAAAGGUCCCUGUGUGAUCAGCUGAUGGCACUGAAGCCCCUGGCCUUCCUCCGCCUCCUCUUCACCCAGAGCCACCUGAGGACAACGCCUCUCCUCCCCCUCCCCUGGGAACCCCAGAACUUCACCUUCCCUCCACCUGCUCAGAACCACACCCCAGCUGUCCCCCCUCCCCCACAGGAGUAAAGCUCUCUGACUGAA